CGGAGAUUAUGCAUUAUUCUUGUAGUGUUUAAUUUAUAUUUUUACCUAUAGUACACUAAAAACGCAUACGCAUCUCUUACAUACACUUGAUCAUAGAAUUAUAGAUGAUUUUCUCUUUCCUUGAAACAUAUAUUUAUACAUAUAUAAAUAGAGGCAGAUACAUGUAACCUCAGCAUUGGUAUCUCAAAAAAUAUUUGCCAUCUCUCUCAUAUCACUAUUCGUCGUCUGUUUCUCUCUCAUUCAAAUGUCAAUAAACCAUUACUCAAGCGAUUUCAACUACCAUUCUCUCAUGUGGCAACAACAGCAGCAGCAGCAACACCACCACCCAAACGACUUCGUUGAGGAAAGAGAAGCUCUUUUCGAGAAACCCUUAACACCAAGUGACGUCGGAAAACUCAACCGCCUUGUCAUCCCAAAACAGCACGCCGAGAGAUACUUCCCUCUCGCCGCAGCCGCCGCAGACGCGAUGGAAAAGGGAUUGCUCCUUUGCUUCGAGGACGAGGAAGGGAAGCCAUGGAGAUUCAGGUACUCGUAUUGGAACAGUAGCCAGAGCUACGUUUUGACCAAAGGAUGGAGCAGAUACGUCAAGGAGAAGCAGCUCGACGCCGGUGACGUCAUUCUCUUCCAUCGCCACCGUGUGGACGGAGGAAGAUUCUUCAUUGGCUGGAGAAGACGCGGCGACUCUUCCUCCUCUUCAGACUCUUAUCGCCAUCUUCAGUCCAAUGCCUCGCUCCAAUAUUAUCCUCAUGCAGGGGCUCAAGCGGUGGAGAGCCAGAGAGGGAACUCGAAGACAUUAAGACUGUUCGGAGUGAACAUGGAGUGCCAGCUAGACUCAGACUGGUCCGAGCCAUCUACACCUGACGGCUCAACCACAUGUCCGAACAAUCACGACCAGUUUCAUCUUUACACUCAACAACACUAUCCUCCUCCGUACUAAAUGGCCCAAGCGAACCGGACACGUCAGCAAGGAUCGGC